UGUGCGCACUUCUGUUUUCCAUUGCUUCCUUCCCUUUCCGAGGCUCUCAGAUCAUGAGACUGGUGCUGGCUCUCCCCACAACAUUCACAAAACUCAGCAAAUCACUGUAGCCUCCCGAUUGCACUAGUCAACUUGACACUGCAGCCAUGAGUGCCCUUCACCCUGUGCUGCUGCUGUGCUUCACUGUGAUCGAUCUUGUUUGUGGGCUCCAGUCUGCAUCAUCACAUUUCUCCCAGGUGCCUUUCCUCACCGUGUGGAACGCUCCCACUGAAAGCUGCCUUUCUCUCUAUGGCGUGAAUCUGGACCUGGGGGUGUUCAACAUUGUCCUGAACCACGACCAAACUUUCAUGGGUGACAACAUAACAAUUUUUUACGCAGAUAAACUCGGGCUGUAUCCCAGGUACUCCAACCAAGGACAACCGAUCAAUGGCGGGGUGCCGCAGAAUGCCAGUCUAAAUGAGCACCUCAGAACCGCUGCUGAAGAUAUCCGUGCCUGCAUCCCAAACGGGAAUUACCAGGGGCUCGGUGUUCUGGACUGGGAAAGCUGGAGACCAGUUUGGGAGAGAAACUGGGACAGUAAGCAGGUGUAUUGCGAGGCGUCCCGGGCGCUGGUGAGGUCCAAGCAUCGAGACUGGAGCCCUGACAAAAUAGAUGCGGCUGCCCGUGCAGAGUUUGAGAAAGCUGGGAGGGAGUUCAUGGAGCAGACAUUGAGACUGGGGCAGAAGGAGAGGCCAGACGGGUUGUGGGGUUAUUACGGCUUCCCUGACUGCUACAAUAGCUACAACCAUAAAAGUGUAAACUACACAGGGGAGUGUCCGGCUGGGGAAAGGAAGUGGAACGAUGAGCUGUCGUGGCUGUGGAACAUCUCCACUGCUCUGUACCCCGAUAUCUACCUCAACCUAGCCUUCCGCGGGCUUGGCAAAGAAGUCUUCCUGUACACCCACCACCGCAUCCUGGAGGCCAUGAGAGCAGCAGAGGGGGUGACUCCCUCAAGCCCCCUUGUGUUCCCAUACGCUCGCAUCGUCUACACCUACACACUUGAUUUCCUCUCCCAGGAGCAUCUGGUCUACACCAUUGGAGAGAGCGCUGCUUUAGGAAGUGCGGGGGUGGUGCUGUGGGGGGACCACGCCUUUGCCAAAUCUCAGGCUACGUGUGAUGCGGUGAAAGCCUACAUUGACGAGACUCUGGGUCACUACCUGGUGAAUGUGACGUCAGCGGCCACUCUCUGCAGCCAGAUGGCGUGCUCCUCCAAAGGAAGAUGCCAGAGGAGAGAUCGUAACUCUGGGGCCUACCUCCACCUCGACCCUGCUGUGUGGAAAGUGAUGUUGGAGAAGAAGCCAGAAGGCGGGCAGGGCUACAAAGUGUUGGGACAGAUGAAUCGGCACCAGGUGAUCCACAUGAAGUCUCAGUUUCAGUGCAAGUGUUACCCCGGGUGGGGCGGCGAGAGCUGCUCUGAACCAGCGCAGGGCUGAAGGUCAAGAGAAAGCUCGACAAAAACUGACAAAAAGAGCGCAGAGUUUUUGAACGAGCUAAAAAUAGUGUUUUCAGUUUGAAAAUAUAGCUCUCCAGAACUAGAUUUGUAUGCUAUUUUAGGACAGAGCUGUUUAUCUCCAUGAGUGUCAAAGGUUUAUCCUGUUAUGUGGUGAUUUCCUGUUUCUGGAGAUUUACAAAACUCUUGUCUCUUGAUUUUUAGCUCAUGUUUUCCGUUUAUUUCAAUAGGAAUUAAUGAAUUAAUUUUUGAUUGUUUCAGGGAGAUAUUCAUUUAAAUCCCCAAUCUACAGUAUUUGCAGAUAAUAAUUUCUACUCAUUAUGAUUGCAUUGCAAUGAUUUAAGAAUGUAUUGUCUCAUGAAAUGGUGCAACAAUGACUUCAAAUAACUAACUUUUUUUUUUUUUUUUUUUUUUUUUUUUGCCAUUUCCAGAGAGAAAUGGCCUGUAAGAACAGAAGUUUAAUAAUAAUAUUAUAUUUGAUAAUAUGCUUAUUAUAACAUAAUUUAGAGAUUUUAAUUUUCAA